GUCUUCGUCCUCGUCCUCGUCCUCGUCCUCGUCCUUCUCCGUCUCCUCUCUCUUUCUGCUUAGAGUUCGACAAGCAAUCACCUUCAUUUGAGCGCGUCAAUGUCACCGUGUUAAAUAUCCGUACUUGAGGAUUGGCAAUGGCGAGUUACAAGACUCCUCGCCGCCAGUCAAUGGAUCAUCCCAUGGGCGAGAGUCCGUUCGAUGACGCUAGGCAUUCCAUUGACUCGAGACCGGAUUCGAAAGGUUCGAAGAGAUUGUACAGUAAUCGCAAUGCCCGACCGACAAUUCUAGGAAACGAUGGCGAAGGUGGAUGUUUUCUGGGACCUGCUUUCGAUAACGAUGAGGAGUAUCCGGACGAGAAGCGUCACCGCUCUGAAAACUGGCCUUUGCCAUCGGCGCCUGUCCCACAGGAGGCAGUUGUCCCUCCGUCUCGAGUCUCUUCACGCGCUCAAAGUCGAACAAGUCAAAGAAGUCGAAGAUCUACCGCAUCUCCCCAACCUAGUCGACCUUCUCUCCAGAGAUCUCGUCCCUCGAGAUUUAUGGAAGGUAGUAUGAAUGAUAAAGUCAGUAAACUUCCACCGACACCAUACCUUUACCAUGAAGAGGAGCUUCGUGAGCGAUACAUUGAGGACGAGCUUAUGGGGAACAAUGGCCAGACGACUCCAGGUAGAAAGAUGGCGAAGCCUCGCGGAUUCAUGCUACAUUCAAACGUAUCCAUGGGUGCAGAAUCCUCGCUCGCAGGUAACUCCGAUACUUCUCGACAAUCAACCAUAUUUCGAUUCGGUAGUAAGAUUGCAGCGUCAAUCAAACCGUCCAACUGGAAGAUAUUCUCAAAGUCGCAAAAGGUUCCAGAGGAAACACCCCAACAACGAGCGAUACGAGAACAAAAGGAAAAGGCAGAAAAGAUGUACCACGAAUUGAAGACAGACAAUUACUUUCGAAAACGUGCAAUUGUUCAGCAGCCAGGCUUCAAUGCUGUCAGACAUUCUAUGGAUCAAACGCCACGAAUUAAGCAUGAUUCUGGAGUCGAAUUGAACGACAAAUAUCAUUCUCGAGACAAUUUGCCCUUGGGAGAUAAGAGGCAGAGUAGACUCAAUGCCAGUACUCAAGACUUUUAUAUUGACAGCCCCGGCUCUAAGAUGUCUGCCCCUGUUGAUGCUUCGACACCUCGAAGUAUUUUCCACCGAAAGACACCAUCAAUGUCGAACCUUAGAAACAUGACGAGUAGAGAGUGGAUGUCGCGACCUGCCUUUCCAGAAGAUCCUCGAUCUGUAAGAAAGGUUCCAUCAAGAAAGGAGUUUCAAAGACAACAGAAAUUGGUCAAGCGUGUCAGUGAUUUGGAGACAAAGCUUGAAGAAGCUCGUCGCCAAUUAACGGAUACUUUCGCAAAGCCACUUCCUAAUGAGCAUAUCUACCAACCUCCUGAUUUCCAACAAGAGCGAUCGUAUCAGCAGUCAUAUCAGCAACAGCAAUCGCAAUCUCACCCCCCUUCAGCUGACCGAUUUGGUAGAGCACGUUUCGUACCCGGUGCUUUGGCAACCCUUCCAUCCGAGAGACUUUUGAGCGGUUAUGUUAAUCCUACAGCGGAUUUCAAUGAUAAUGAGAAUUUUUAUAACAUUGGAACAGCAAUUACUACGCAAGACAGUAUGGAUCAUAUUUCGACCGGCCCAACCGAUUUGUUCAAGACGAGCGAGAUACGUCCUGUACAAACAAUUCAGCCUCCUAUCACAGCACCGGAGGAGGGAUCAGAGUAUGUGUUAUCUAGCAUCGAAUCUGAGUCUGACAGUGAAAUGUCUGAUGUCCAUAAUGCCCAAACGAUUGUCAGAGGCGGAUCUGUCAACGGUGCCAAGAUGGCGGUUGAAGUCAAGCCUGCAUCUUCACGUAUUCUUUCACAACAAGCAUUUAUUGAAGUGCAUGCUUUCGAAGCAAAGGCCGACCAACCUCGUACAGCGAGGAAGAAGAGCGCAGAGAAAGACGGAGCUUUUAGACCUACACCCGAAUCUGAAUCUGAAUACGAAUCUGGUCCAGAUCUUGAUGUCAAACCUCUCAAGAAAGUCAGAAGUAGCCGAAAUCGCAAGUUUAUCAAUGAGAAGAGUCCUUACACGGGGCCAUCUUCUCCCGAAAAGAGAGUCGUUUCUGAUGGUACACAUAAGUCAACAGCCCGACAACCUCUUCCUGGCCGUGGAACCGAGAGACCCAGAAGCAUACUUGUAAAACUCAGAAUUCCCAAAGAUUCACCUCUUGACAAUACUGAUGGUGAUUCUCUCAGCUAUACUAAGACGAGAAGAGCUUCAUCUUCACAAUCCGAACCUAAGGUUGAUAGUGCUGACCAAGGAACCAUUCUACCGCAUACUUUUUACGGAGUCCCUCCUGUACCCAGAACCCCUCAACAUGUCCGACUUCCUAGUGGCGAGAUGCUCAACACGAACGAGACCCGACGGCAACACACUCAAGCAAGCCAAGAACCUGGAGAUUGGCCCGAUGACCUUGAAAUCUUCUAGUCAAUUCUCUCAUCCUCAACUAUCACCACCAUACAUAACAGCACAUACAACCAAAAGGCGACCUACACACAAAACCCCACGAGGAAUAUACCCCCAGCAAGAUCACCAAUUUGACAUCACCAGAAUGUGUUACGAGUUUACGACAGACAUGAUGAUUGGAUAUUGUAUUAAUCUACUACGAAAUUCACGACGUUUUUUUGCGCUUUUUAACGGCAGUACCUACCCCUAAUAAUUAUUUCCCUUCUUCCUUAAGUUUUCUUUUGUUUACAUUUCCUGACUCUCUUUAUGAAUUAUAUGAAUGACAAAGGCGUCUGUCUAAUUUUUCCCAUUUGCGAGGGCUUCAUUGCAUUUACAUAGCAUGGCACGAUAGUCAAAAGCGACUGGGCGAUUUGAGCGAGCAUUUUUUUGUUUUUCAUUGGGCAUUUUGAUGCAUAUGAACUUCACAGGCGACUAAUUUG